AUGGAUUUGGAAAUGCAACUCCGAGCGGCAGAAGCUAGACGAGGUGAGCUGGAACGUCAACAUGCAGAAGCUUUGCAGUCUCUCAGAGGAUGUGGUCCAGAGACGCUUGAAGUGAGACAAUCGAGAGUUAGAGAGUUAGAGAAAAAAGUAGCCCUGGAAACAGUAAGGUGUGAAGAACUCCAACUUGAACUUGCAUCAUCGCAGAGGUCUCGAAUGGGCACGAAUAUGCAGUGUAUUCCGAUGUCAGGCAACAUCGGAGGACAGUCUUGGGGCAAUAAAGGUACAGAAAUAGAACGAAUUAUGGCUAAAAUAGAACAAGAUAACAGAAUAUUAGCUGAGUUAGACCAUAGUCGUUCUACCACUUUGGGAACCGGUUUAGCAACGAGUGUCAGUUCGCACGCCUUAGGAGAGUGUAGUCCUCCUAUUUCACCCAUUACAAUGUCACAUACUACACCUAGUAUAUAUCCUGCUCUGAAUACCAAUAUCGGGCACAAUUCGUACCAAGGUAUCCAAAGUGGUACUACUAAUAUAUCUGGUACAUAUAUGUCACAAAAUCCAGUUGGCGUUGGCUAUAAUCCAAACCAUAGUCAGUACAACAGCUUGGGCCACCAAUAUACGAACAAAAAUAUGAUGGGGAGUACUCUGAAUAGUUUAACACAUCAUCCAGUUGGAAUGGGAUCGAGUUUGGGACAGUCAGGAGUACUAGGAACUUCUCUGCAACAAAACUUGAAUCCCAUGAGCACUGGAGUAAUCGGGACUUUACCAUCCUCCCUUGGGACUUCAAUGAUACCUCCAACUAGUUACUCUCAAAACGUAAUGUCCAAUGCAACCUUUUCCAAUCCGUUGUCAAACAAUCCUUCAGGACUACAACAAUCAACUUUCAAUAAUCCAACGUUCAACAAUCCUGUUAGCAGUACUCUCACCCAAUACAGCUUGCCUUACACCAAUCCCAUGAAUUCCGUAGUUACUACGAGUUACAGUAACAACAACGUGACAUUUUCCAAUCCGCUUAGUUCUCAGUUCAAUAGUUUACCUCUUACCGGAGGACCAAUGAGUAUUAAGUUGAAACAAAUAGACGACGUAGAUUUGGGUACCCGUCGCGUUGCAACCCCUGUAACACCCCAUCCGCCCCCAUGGGGUGGUACCGUCAUGUCUGGUAUAUCAGAUUUGAGACCGAGGAUGCUUACAGAUGGAAUCGAUUCAGACUGGAGCGGUUUACAUGGUGGCACUGAUAGGAACUUCUUGAAUGGACACAACCCUGUCAAUACCGAGGGCCAGGUUGACAUGCUAGAUAUUCCUGGAAAAGGAAGAUGCUCGGUAUAUAUAGCAAGAUUCUCUUACGAUCCUGAACCCGAAGUAGAAGAGGAACUGAACAUUCAAGCAGGAGAUUACUUAUUAGUUUGGGGCGAACCAGUUGGACCAGGAGGAUACUUGGAUGCUGAAUUGUUAGAUGGAAGAAGAGGCUUAGUACCUUCUCAUUUUGUUCAACGUCUCAUAGGUGAUGAUCUUCUAGAGUUUCACCAGGCAGUGUUGAGUACUUUGCGGGAAGAGGAAAUCAACCAAGAAAAUUUUGCGGCAGAUGUUCAGCGACUCAACGAACUAGCUGAGAUGGCUGAAGCACACGAAGAUGAAGGGCCCGAAGGUGAGACAGCUGACCUUUUAUUCUCGGUGUUAGUGCCGGCCCCCAGGCAACUGACUUUGGAGAGGCAGCUCAACAAGAGUGUUCUUAUUUCGUGGACGGCGCCAGAUGGAAUUGGUCCAGGAAAUCAAAUAGAAAGUUACCACGUUUACGUUGAUGGUGUAUUGAAGGCCACUAUUAAAGCUACGGAAAGAACAAGAGCAUUAGUGGAAGGAGUGGAUAGCAACAGGCCCCAUCGUAUAAGCGUGAGAUCUGUUACUGCAAAUCGUAGAACAUCUAGAGAUGCAGCUUGCACCAUGAUAAUCGGUAGAGAUACGCACUCUUUAGGACCCAGUGCGGUGCGUGCAUCGAAUAUUACAUCAACAUCAGCUGUAAUGAGUUGGUUGCCUGCCAAUUCUAACCAUCAGCACGUUGUUUGUGUGAACAAUGUUGAAGUCAGAACCGUCAAACCAGGAGUGUAUAGACAUACGAUAACUGGUCUGGCACCCAAUACUCAGUAUAGGGUAACAGUGAGGGCGAAACAUCAUAGAGCUGCUCAGAACGUCGCUAACUUAGCUGAGGAACUGCCAAUGCCAGCAGCUGCUCAUACAGAUUUUAGAACGUUGCCAAAGGGUCUUCCUGAUCCUCCGAGCGAUAUCUUAGUGGAACCAGGUCCACAGGAUGGAACGCUUCUAGUUACUUGGCAUCCUAUACUCACCCCGCAUCACCCAGGUUCUUCUAUAACUGGUUACGCCGUAUUUGCAGAUGGUAAAAAAGUAACAGAUGUGGAUAGUCCCACCGGAGAUCACGCUUUGAUUGAUAUAAGCAAACUUCUGGGGUUGAAUCCUAAACACGUGACGGUUCGUACGAAAGCUAGAGACAGCCAAUCUGCUGAUAGCGUUCCUACUCCGAUUCCACUCAGCGUUUUGAGAGGAGGAUCUGUGAAGUCGAGACAACAACCACAUUCCGCAGUAAUGCCAGCACAUAUUAGACAACAAAUGCCUAGACAGCAGCAACAACAACAAGGACAACAGGUGGCACAACGAUGCGUUGCAGAAAUUACUAAAGAAAAUUUCGAGGGUAACAUGUCAGAGGAUGAAAUAUUAGACAGGAGAAAUCAAAGACAGUAUCAGCAAAGGUCGCAGCCAAGGCAAAGCCAGCAUCAAAGAACAGAACAACAGCCACCGCCACAGCAACAACCACAAUCUCAGCAACAGUAUUAUCAACAGCAGCAAGCAAUCUCGAGGGACCCAAAUUCCCGUAUGUCGCAACAAAUCCGUAGCCAACAAAUGCAAGGAACUAGAGGGGUGCCAAAUAAUCCCCCGAAUAAUCCUAACAAUCCUCCGAAUCCACAAAAACGGGCAAGAUGGUUUGUGGCACUAUUCGAUUAUGAUCCCGCCACGAUGUCACCAAAUCCUGACGCUUGCGAUGAAGAAUUGCCAUUUUCCGAGGGAGAUACUAUUAAAGUUUGGGGAGACAAGGAUGCUGACGGAUUUUAUUGGGGGGAAUGUAGGGGUCGAAGAGGUUAUGUUCCUCAUAAUAUGGUGAUGGAGUUGGAAGGUAAUCAAAAUCGUGAUCGAUGGGGAGAUAUUUGUGCUAACCUGCCCGUCAAACGAAUGGUAGCUUUAUAUGAUUAUGAUCCUCAAGAAUUGAGCCCUAACGUUGAUGCAGAGGUAGAACUGAGCUUCACCACCGGCCAGAUCAUCAACGUCUACGGCGAAAUGGACGACGACGGGUUUUACAUGGGAGAAAUUGAUGGGGUGAGGGGAUUAGUACCCUCGAAUUUCCUAACCGAGGCCCCUGAGCAGUAUGGUGCUGGUCAAACAUCUCAGCAGACCGGCGGACAAAUGAGAAGUGCUCAAAGAGGCAGGAUGGUCGGGCCUGGACCAGGAGCUAGAGGACCUCCUCCACCGCCAAGGGAAAACCAGAUGCGGGGAAGGAAUAAAGAUGCCUGCCUACCUGUGUAUACCUCUCAGUUAGACUCGCUCAACACGUCUACGACACCGAACACUAUCACCGAGCACCAGCAGGGGAGGGUGAGAGGCAUGCUGAGGGCCGUUGGUAAUCAGCAACAGAAUUCUCAACAACAGCAACAACAGUCACAAUUCGGCCAACAAAUAACACAACAACCUCAAACGACUUCAACAAGUGGAGGACUCUUCAGUAGUCUAACUGGCCAGCAACAGACUCAACAAACACAGCAACAGCAGCAGCAACAAGGUUUUUCCAGUCAAAACCAGGCAUUUCAGCAGAGUCAGAAUAGGAUACAACACAAAGGUGUACCACAAGUGAUACCAAACGUGAUGGUAGGGAGUGGACAAAUGCCCAACAACCAACAGCAACAAAUGAACAACGCUGGUGCGCCGAAUUUGAUGCAAAAGUUGAAUGAAAUGACAGCGCCUGGCGGAGAUAUUCUCUCGAAAGGCAAAGAACUAAUUUUCAUGAAAUUUGGACUGGGAGGGAAAUAACCAUUUUUGUUUCUUUAUUGGUAAUUAUUUAUGACAUUGUUUUUGGAACUGUUGAACGUAGUUGAAUUUGAGGGAGCGAAAGAAAUGUACUGAGGUCGUUUUACAUUUCAUUUAAGAAAUCGUUCAUUGAUGUGGGCAUUUCUUUUGAUUGAUGUCACAUCAAGAUGUGAAAUGUAAGACACCGGAAAUUUCCACGAAACACAAGUUCAUUUUUAGAUAACUCUAGCUUUUUAUUGGUUAUUUGGGGAAUUUCCACCUUCCAUAACCUGAAAAAAAACUCCAGAGAAGAACUUUAUAUAGAUGCAGAUAGAGCAAGUUCGAAACUCAAUAUACUUUUUCCAGUCACUAUCAGUAUCUUAUCAAAUUUUGUCAUAAAAAAGAUAAAUAAUAUACCUACACAG